UUGUUGUCCAUGAUCGUUUAUCGUUUCCCUAAAACCUACGUGUGAUUUAUUCGCCAUCACCGACUCAUCGCCGGCGUAUUCUCCGAUGGCAUGCCACCACCGUUCGGCGUAUUCUCCGAUGGCACGCAACUGUAGAACAAGUGACGGAGAACCUCAAACGCCAGAGGAAGGAGAAAUUAUUGACGAUGUUCCUGUGCUGCUUGAUUAAUAAAUAUGUAGCACAACAACGAGAGACAUGAUAAUUACCUAUUCCCAUACUGAGCAUUGAUUACAUUGGGGACAAAGUUACUCUAGGCGUGUUGGUGUUCUCAUGGCUGAGAAUGCUAGUUAUGUAAUUGAAUUGGAUUCUAAACCACGCAAGGUUCAAGUAAGUCGAAAGCAUAAGAGCAGCAAAGAUUACUAUGCUAGUGAUUUGCAGGUUGAAAGAAAACCCGGAAAGAGGCAUAGGGUCUCAUCUUCUCAGAAUGAAGUUAAUGAGUCACAUAGAGGAAGAUGGCAAUCCGAAAGCAUUUUGGAGGAGUAUGCAUAUGAGAUGGAAAGGGAAGUAUAUACAAGUAACUUGGAUGAUGAUAUAACUGGACAUUUCAGGGACUAUCACCAUGGAUAUCGGGAAUCCUCGAAGGAGCAUAAAUCUAGUUACAGCAGACGCAUGCGAGAGAAAGAUAGGGAGCGAGAGUUGGAAAGGGAAAGGGAAAGAGAGAGAGGGAGAGAGAAGAAAAGAGAGAAAGCUCAAUAUGAAGAACAAAAAUAUGAGAGGGAGAGGGAGGAGAGAGGAAGGAGGAAGAGGGACAGGGAAAGCAGAGGACCAAGUAGGGAGGAUAGGGAUAGAUACAAUGAUAGGUCCAGUAGGCAGUGGAAAUUUGAUGACCUUGAUGACGAUGGCAAUGCUUACCAUAGACGUUAUGAGACUGACAAUGAGAGAGACAGGGCAGCUAAUCUCCUCAAAUUUGGAAAGCAAAAAACUCAAGAGACAGAGAGUGAGAAACCUAAAAGAGAUGAAGUUGAACAGAAGGACUAUCAGGAAAAAAUUGCUUUCCAACUUGCUCAACAGGAAGAGGAAGAAGAAGAUGAACUUGAUAGAAUUAAGGAGGAGAGCAGAAGGCGCAGACAAGCUAUUCUUGAAAAGUAUAAGAAUCAGCCUUCACAAAAAUCCGGAGACAAUGCUGAGGUUCAUGUGAAUCGGUCUACUGAGAAGCAUGCAGCUGGAGAUAGUGCUGUACCAGAGCCCAUUGAUGGUCCAACCAAUGGUGCAAAUGUACAUGGUGAUGAGCCAACAUUUUAUUCUGGGAAAUCACCUUUGCCAGGAGGUCAUAAUGCUGAUGAGAAGGCUUCUGGAGCUGGUGGACUGGGACAGGGUACUCCAGAGUUCUCAACAGAGGAGCUAGUGAAGACGCUUGAGAAAAAAAUUGAACGUCUCCAACAGCAACCACAGUUUUCAACAGAGGAGCUAGUGAAGGAGCUUUCUAAACAAAAAGAAAAUUUCAAACAGCAUCAACAGGAGCAUGAGGAUGGAGUUAAGCAACAGUUUCCAACAGAGGAGCUAGUGAAAGAGCUUGCGAAACAACUUGAAUAUCUCCAACAGCAUCAACCGGAGUAUAAUGACCAAGUUAAGCAACAGAGUGAGAGGUCGGCUGACAUGUUUUGUGACGAUAUAUUUGGAGAAUCACCUGCUGCCAUUCCGAAAAUGGGCAAAGGAGAUGGCAUGCCGACCGAGCGCAAUUGUCUUCAUGAUAACUGGAAUGAUCUGGAAGGGUAUUAUAGAUACCGAUUCGGAGAAAUUCUUGAUGGCCGUUAUGAGAUUCUUGCUGCUCAUGGGAAAGGCGUCUUUUCUACUGUCGUUCGAGCUAAAGAUUUGAAGGCUAGACCCGGUGACCCGACAGAAGUAGCUAUAAAAAUCAUUCGUAAUAAUGAUACGAUGUAUAAAGCGGGUAUGGAAGAGUUGGUCAUAUUGAAGAAGCUGGUUGCUGCAGAUCCUAAAGACAAGCGCCGCUGUGUUCAUUUAAUCUCUAGCUUCAAGUACCGGAAUCAUCUUUGUCUAGUAUUUGAGUCUCUCUGGAUGAAUCUCCGUGGGCUCCAGAAGAAGUUUGGGCGUAACAUUGGACUCAGCCUCGACGUUGUGAGGCUUUAUGCGAAGCAACUUUUCAGUGCUUUGAAGCAUCUAAAGAGUUGUGGCGUGCUUCAUUGUGAUAUUAAACCCGACAACAUCUUGGUAAAUGAAGCGAAAGACAAGCUGAAGCUUUGUGUCUUUGGCAAUGCUAUGUUUGCUGGCAAAAACGAAAUCACUCCAUACCUCGUGAGCCGCUUUUAUCGCGCCCCCGAGAUCAUACUUGGCUUGUCAUACGAUCAUCCAAUGGAUAUUUGGUCAGUAGGUUGCUGUUUGUUUGAGCUUUAUGCUGGGAAAGUCUUAUUUCCAGGUCGUUCUAAUAAUGACAUGCUCCGUCUUCAUAUGGAACUGAAAGGUCCAUUUCCAAAGAAGAUGCUUAGAAAGGGUGCAUUUACAUAUCAGCAUUUUGACCAAGAUCUGAACUUCCUUGCCACUGAAGAGGAUCCUGUUACAAAGAAGGCUAUUAGGAAGCUGAUUGUCAACAUCAAGCCGAAAGAUAUCAGUUCAGUAAUUUCAGGUGACCCAGGUGAAGAAUUAAAGAUGUUGGCUCACUUUAAAGAUUUGAUGGAGAGAAUAUUUGUGUUAGAUCCUCUAAGGAGAAUCACUGUUUCCCAGGCAUUAGAGCAUCCAUUCAUCACGAAGAAGUGAACGACAAUGAUGAUGUAACACCUCAAAUUUUGUAAAUUUAUUAUGUGCCUUUAGAUGAUACUGUUUUUAUAGAAACUAUUUUUUUUUUUAUCACUUCUCUUGGAUUUAAAUUUUAUUUGAAAAAGAAGAGAAGACUUGUUAUAUCUUGUUGAAUCUUUGAAGUCCAUUUUUGUGACCCAUUUGAUAUAAAUCGUACUAACUUUCUACCCAUCUAAGAUAACUAGAUAAGCCCUUUAUUAACAAAACCCCUUUUUAGUUUUCAGAAGUCACUUGCUUCUUCUAAUCCUACAUUGGAGAGCUCUCAAUCGGCACAAGUGCUAUUCUCCAACUAUCAUCAAGAUCAUAUUUUUGUUGCAUAAAAUUUCUUGUUUCCAUCUUUUGAAUAUAUGUUGGAAUGUUGGCUCCAAUAAUCAAUAGGUUUUGAAUUUGUGAAGUAACUCUCUCAAACUUGUGGAAAAUUGAAGUCCGUGCAGAUAGACCAUGAUGAUGGCUUAACUGCAGUGUAUAGAAAAGCUUCUGAUGUUUGUAGAAGAGAAACUCGAGAAGAAAAGCUUGACGGCUCACAAGAAAUUUGACAUAUUAACUUCAUGAUGCAUCUGAUGGAAAUUGAUUGAUUUUGUUUAUAUCUGGAUCUUCUCUUUUACAAUAACUCAUAAUCCAUUGAGUACAUUUGUUUGCCCAUCAAAAAAAUGAGAACCCUUUGAAUAAGCUGUGGUACUUUCUCAUUUAAUAAUUGCAGUUUAUAAAAAGCAAUUAGUAUAUUUAACAGCAGCUAUUUCCUGUUUUUUUCUGGCACAGGUAGGUAGAUAUCCUUUUGGUUCUGCUUUGUGUAAGAAAGCGAUGUGAUUCCUCGACUGUUUUAUGCUGCUGGAGGAGAAAGAACAUUUGCUUACCAGCUCAUUAGCCACAUCAAGGAUUCUAUACUACUGUUGUUGAGGGCUCACUUUAGUUUACCCCGAGUCACCGACUGGAACUCCCUGUCAUCUGAAGUAACAAGGAUCAAGCCUAUGCUAAUGAUUAUUCUAAUCAGGCCGGCUAAGCAUCCUAUAAGGUUAGCACAUAUGGUUGCUCAGAAGGUAAUCCUGGCCCUGGUGGAGGAAAUGAAAAUCUCGCGAUGGCCUUCAGAUCUUUUUUUGGAUCUUGCACCAACAAUUUUGCUGAAGUUACUGCUAUCCUAGUAGGCUGGAGCAACAACUCUUCUGUCUUUUGAAGCUGUGGUGGAUAGGUUUGUUAUCCCCUAACUACAUGUAUUCACCUUUUGGUUGUUAAUAUACAGGUAGGGGUCGCUAAAUCCGAAAAAAUGAGCUAAAAGUGUCUUAUAGGUUUCCAAUUAAGAAAAAGGACAAGUUGGCCCCAUUACUUUUUCUCUACUUUUUUAUUUUUAAUAUUAAUAAAAAGACUGAACUAAUAACAUCUUUCGUAGUUGUCCUCACAACUACGGAUAGUUGUUGGACUAAAGUGUAAAAGUUAAAAGUUUGGGACUAUUGAGAAAACAUCUUUUAACCUGAUUAA